UUCGUGACUAGUAUAAAUAAAUUGUGUAAUGAUUUAUUAUAUUUUAUUUCAGUAAAUGAUUUUUGGCAUGGAUUUAGUUACUUCAUACUUAAUUUUAACAAAAUAAUAGCCUAUUAAAACCCGUUUAAUGGCUAAAUAUUUGAAGAAAUAUUUAAGAACAUUUUUAGCUGGCAGGUGUGGCAUAAAGUUAAUUUUGGAAUGAAUGGUCGCGCGCAUAUCACAAAAGUCACACGCUAUAUUUAGAAACAACCUGCGCGCGCUCCAACGCGUCUGCUCGCGCUGUCGGUCAGUGUCAAACAAUACACCUUUACACCACAUUUAACCGGACUCAUAGCCUAAAACAAGUGGUUUUCGCUUCACCACUGUGCCGUCCAUCGGACCUACAGUACUGCGUUUAGAGGGAGCAUAGUCGUGUCUUAAAUAACGAGCGACCUCAAUUGAUCAGCGAGCAUGCGCAGGAAGCGGGUGCACACGCACUAAUGGACACUGUCACGCAGGAGAAUUGUCAUGAGGACUAUUUCAUGAACAGAACAGACCCCGAUCCAAAUGCAGAAGCUUAUAUGAACUUUGUGAAGAAACACUGUUGUUAUGAUGCAAUUCCCACCAGCUGCAAACUGGUCAUUUUUGACACCACACUGCAGGUGAAGAAGGCCUUUUUUGCUUUGGUUGCAAAUGGCCUGAGAGCAGCCCCUCUCUGGGACAACAAACUGCAGAGAUUUGUGGGUAAGACUGAACUUGCUGAAUGUGUGCAUAUUAUUUUUAUCUAUGAAUUGUUCUCUUGUUUAUUUCAUUCCCUUGCCAUUUUCACAGGUAUGCUGACAAUCACAGAUUUCAUCAAUAUUCUUCAUCGGUAUUACAGGUCACCUAUGGUUCAGAUCUAUGAACUGGAGGAGCACAAGAUUGAGACAUGGAGAGACGUGUAUCUGCAAUAUCAUGAUCAGUGUCUUAUCAGUAUCACACCAGAUGCGAGCCUUUUUGAUGCAGUCUACUCUUUACUGAAACACAAAAUCCACAGGCUGCCAGUCAUCGAUCCACAGUCUGGAAAUGUCCUUCACAUACUGACCCAUAAAAGAAUCCUCAAGUUCCUUCAUAUAUUUGGAGCUGCAAUGCCCAAGCCACGCUUCUUGAAGAUGCAAAUUAAAGAUGCAGGAAUAGGAACUUUCACAGAUGUGGCGACUGUCUCACAGACAGCCUCUGUGUACGAUGCACUUUCAGUGUUUGUUGAGCGACGUGUGUCCGCUCUCCCAGUGGUGGAUGACAAUGGCAAGGUGGUUGCCCUGUAUUCCAGAUUUGACGUGAUUAAUCUUGCAGCACAGAAAACCUACAACAACCUUAGCAUGAGCAUGCAGGAGGCCAUGCGGAGGAGAUGCUGUUCUGUGGAAGGAGUCAUUAAAUGUUACCCUGAUGAAACUUUGGAAACUGCUAUUGACCGAAUAGUCAAGGCCGAGGUCCAUAGGCUGGUGCUUGUGGACAGAGAUGACGUGGUCCGAGGAAUAAUCUCUCUCUCAGACCUGCUGCAGGCCUUCGUUUUAUCUCCAGCAGGCACCUUUCAAGACACUCAAGGACCCCGUACAAUAUAAUACAAAACAAUAAAAAUACAAAGUACUCUGACUAUUGUAUAUUGAUUCACAUGUUUGCUUGACAUUUGUAGAAAAUUUUUCUUCACCAGCUGAUUUAUUUGGAAGAAAUAUGUUCAAUAACAAUAAUUAUUUUACUUUGUCUACUAUUUGUCUAAAAAGGUGUGUUUAAAUGUUUGACUGGUACUGUAAAAUAAUUUUGCCACAGUAUAGCUUGCCUUUAUUAAUAUAUUCUCUUUGUUUCAUUAUAUCAUCUGAUGGCAUCAUGUCUCUUGUUAUGUGAAGCUCCAGCUUCCAUGAAUCACAGCCUAAUACCUUUUGGUUUCCACAGUGCUGAUGUAUUUUCUCUCUACUUUUAGAUAUUCACAACCAGUGAGCAAUGAAAAUAAUUGAAAGCGCUUAUAUGCGGUACUAAUCAUAGAGAAUUGCUGAUGAAUAGAGUACUUUCCGCAUACUUUGUGCAUGACCUGUUUGUUAGUUGUAUGAGUAUUUGAAUGUUUGAGAAUACGCUGGUGGGUCAGAGAUGUGACCUGGGGCCCUUUGUUAUGGACAUUUAACACCAGUGUGGUUGGAAACACAGUCACUGUCUUGUGCUCGCUGUAUGAUCUAGUUCAAAAAGCAUGGUAAUACCAUGCUACUCUUUGUAAGUGUAUUCUCUUAUCCUAUUUUUUUACAAUAUAUGUUCAUAUUGUAAAAUUUCAUGUUCAUUUACAGUGUGUAAUAUAUUAAACAACACAUUUUUUCAUUUAACUGAGAAAGUAUGAUAAAUGAGUACUUGCUGCAUUGUGUUUUCUUGUAUGAGUGAGCACAUGGACUGGGAUUUUGAUCAAAUUGAUCAUCUAGUUUGUCUUAAAUUUUAAUUACAUUUUAUGAAAUAAUUUACAUUUUAUGUUUUAACAUUUUUGUUAGUAAAAAUGUUUAAUGAAUAAUUAAUAUAAAUAAUUAAUAUAUAUAAUUAAUAUAAAUAUUGUAUCUUAUUUAGUUACAUUAAUAUUUAAUUGCACCUCCUACUUUUGAUAAGACCUGUAUAAGAUGUCACACUGAAGAAGCUGAUUUGACUCACAUGUUUUGGACGUGCCCUACACUCACUGUCUACUGGUCAACCAUAUUUGAUACACUCUCUCAAAUAUGUAACGUACAACUGAAGCCUUGUGCUGAAUUUGCUAUAUUUGGUGCUCCAACUGAUGAAUCGAAUCUGACUCGAAGACAACUAAACAUUAUUGCUUUUGCAUCCUUAUUGGCUCGCAGACGGGUGUUAUUACAUUGGAAAUCUGCAAACCCACCUAAAGCAUCGCAUUGGCUUCAGGAUCUGAUGUUAUACCUACAUUUGGAAAAGAUUAAAUAUUCAAUUAGACAUUCCCAUAAAUUUUCAUAUGUCUGGCAACCCUUAUUAUCCUAUUUCUCUGCCAUAAAUGUUCUUCCUGGGGAGUAGUGGGAUUUACCUUUGUAUAAAAUUUUUUUUUUUUUUUUUUUUUUUGACAAACUCAUGGUCUUUGAUGCUUCGGCACAAGUGCUUCAGGUGUUUCUCCAGGUAUUUACAUGUGUAAAUAUAUAGGGCUUGUGUUUAUUGUUGGAUCAUGGUUUGCACUUUUGAUUGUGGUGUCCAGCUGUUUCUCUCCUUUUUUUUUUUUAAUUUUUUUUUUUUUUUUUUUUUUUUUUUUUAUUAACAUUGCCAAUGUCUAACUGUGGCAUAAUUUUAUUAUCUUAAUUUAUUUCAUUAUUGUAUCAUUAUUAUCAUUAUUUUCAUCAUCUUUUGAACUAUUACUACUAAUGAAUAUCAUGUAAGGCAGAUUGUUCUGGGUUGGUUGGGGAGGGAUUGAAAAUGUAAAAAAAAAAAAAAAAAAAAAAAAAAAUACAAUUUGUAUAUG